AUGAACGGUCGUCAUCUGCCGGCAGGGCAAGGCAUGCAACAAGAUAUGGGAAGGAGAAGACCUUAUAGUCAUCAGGCUCAGCCAUAUCCGCCGGCGGCACCUUUGUACAAUGGAUACAUGCACCCGUACAACGCGAACUAUUACCCACAACCAUUUCCUCCACAAUAUCAUAAUCCAGCUAUCACCCAACAGUACAAUCCUUAUCAACAUUAUGGUCGUUCGCCUCCUCCAAUGAUGCCGCAUUAUGUUCAUCCUCCUCCACCUCCACUUCAACCCCAAGCACCACCUUUUACUCGACCCCAACCAUCUCCUGCUAUUGCCGCAUCUCAUCCACCAGUGAUCGCGUCGUCUUAUCAACCAGCCUCUGCGCCAGUCCCCCCUCAGACUCCUUCAACCUACUCAACGCAGUCAUCCAAUACUCUUCCUGGACCUAUGACACCUCCUACUCCACAAGCAUUACCUCAAUCUCCACCUCCAGCCCCUAACCACUAUAUGCCUUUCCAGCCACCAUUGCCUUGGGCUACUCCUAAUACUGCUGCACCCUGGCCAGCCAGACGGCGUCGGAAAAGAAAGCAGAGUCCUGAAAUAUCUACGAAUCCUGUCGAGCUUCCAGACUUAGACAAAGAUGUUGUUUCUGAGCCGGAGAAGGAUUUAGAAAGGUUGGAAACACGUAUAGAACCAACACCGGCGGUUGAAGAAGCUUCAGGGCUUGCACCCGAAACACCUACCACUACUCAAGGUCCAUCCGAAGACAAUGAAUCUACAAUAUCAUCUACACCAUCAUCUACACAACCUUCGUCUCUCCCUACCGGUGGGCAGGCGACUCCUGUAGCCACGAAAUCCCAGCGAGCUGCCGUACCUGCUGUCCCCGUCGUACGUGUCAUCCCAAAGUCUCAGCCUAAAAAUACGCCAUCGACGACCCCUCAAAAGCCCAGCGGAGAACUUCCUGCCGAGGUGACCCCGGGUACAUCCGAACCCACAAAUGCGGAUGAAGCGAAAGAGCCUGCUAAUGAAGAGGUUAAGACAACACCCCCUCCUCCUAAAGCAUGGGCUACUCCAAGAGCUUGGACUGGUCUCUUUGGUUCAUCCGGUGCACCUACAGCACCUACCACUGCCAAUGGUGGGCAAAAUGGAUCACCCGGAUUUGGCAAGAAGAAUACGGAAUCAUUGGCUGAAGCAUUGCGCUCGUUCAAUGCUGAAGCUAAAGACUCUAAAAUAGCAUUUCUUGAGCCUCGAGGUUUAGUUAACACUGGUAAUAUGUGCUACAUGAACUCAGUUUUACAAGUUCUUGUUUUCUGUACCCCUUUCUAUGACUUUCUUGACCAAGUUAGCAAGAAAGCAGCGCAUAGCUUCAAGAGUGAAACUCCUUUGAUUGAUGCCAUGAUUAUGUUUAUGCGAGAGUUUCCAGUAAUUGAUUCUGCAAAAUCUGUUGAGCAACUCAAAAUGAGAUUAAAGGAAGGAGAACUUGAGCAAUAUGGAGACUCUUUUACACCGGACUUUGUAUACGAUGUCAUGCGACGCUUACCAAGAUUCGUGACGAUGCAGAGAGGACAUCAACAAGAUGCGGAGGAAUUUCUAGGCUUCUUACUUGAAGGCCUUCAUGAUGAAUGUGUACAUGUCAUGAAGUCAAGUGACUCGAGCAAAACUCCGGCUGCCACAACACCCAUGAAUGCACCUUCAUCCCCAACAAGCGACUCUGCCAGUCGACGCGGAUCUAUUGAUGAUGUCUGGCAGCAGGUUGGACCUAAACAAAAGGCUGCGAUCACAAGGUCUUCCGGGACCAUCCUGACUGGCUCUCCAGUCACUAAGAUUUUUGGUGGCAGCUUAAGAUCUGAAUUGCGUGUGCCAGGCUUGAAAGAUUCCAUCACUCUUGAGCCAUAUCAACCACUACAACUUGAUAUUGGUUCACCAAACAUUCACAAUAUCAUUGAUGCAUUGAAAGGUUUAACACAUUCCGAGGUCCUUCAUGGCGAUUUCAAGUCUCCAAAGGGUCCCAAUGUGACCGCGACAAAGCAGGUAUUCAUUGAGACAGUACCUCCUGUUCUCAUCUUACACUUGAAGCGUUUCCAGUAUGACAACACUGGCGGAACGCAGAAGAUUUGGAAGAAGGUCGGAUAUCCUUUGGAACUCGAAUUACCAAAGGAAGUCUUUCCCAAAACUAAACGAGGUGUCUUCGCUCAUGAUGGUUAUCCGAAGUAUCGUCUCAUCGGCGUCGUGUAUCAUCAUGGUAAGAAUGCCAGCGGUGGACACUAUACUGUGGAUGUUAGAAGGCAAGAUGGGAAAGAGUGGAUCAGACUUGACGACACUGUUAUUAAACGUGUAAGAAGCGAAGAUGUGGCUGAAGGAGGUAGUGAGGAAGACCCUAAAGUGUUGGCUGCUGCUUUGGAGGCACAUAAAAAGGAUAGUUCGUCUUCUGGAAACAUCUUCUCCUCGAUUGGGGAAGAAAACGGAGAGGCCGAAGAGGAUGGAUGGAAGCAGGCCAGUGGAUCCGGAAAGAAAUGGUCUAGUGUUGUUAAUGGCGCUUCUACGCCAAAGCCCAAAUCAGCCAAUGGACAUGGGGCUGAGAUGAUUGGUGCUGAAGGUGCGAUACCCGUUCGAAAGUCAGAUAUCCUUAUGUCGCUAUUCAGCAACAGGAUUUCGGAUGGGUGGUUUGCCUAG